CAUUUCCUUGCAUCACUUGCCAUGUUGAAAACUUCCGCAGAGGAUUCUAAAGAUACGAAGAAACCAAGGCCGAAAACAAAGACCAAAAAAAGUCAUCUCUCUCCAAAGGAUCCUGAGAAAAGUACAGGGCUGACUUCAGUUCUCGGACAUAGCUUGGAAAAUCAAAAUGAAGAGAGCUCAAAAUCCUCAAGCAGCUAUCUACCCGAGCUACCUCUCUCAGCAGAGACUGAGAGUCCAGAGACCCCGACUCCAGAGACUCCAGAGACUCCAGAGGCAGCAAGGGUGCAGCCAGCCGGGCCAGCCGGGCCAGCCGGCACCUUAGAGCCAGCCUCGCCUGAACAGCUCGAUGUCACACUGAGAAAUUGCAAAGGCCUUGACUCAGCCGACUCAGCUGACGUCGCUCCUGAUCCUUCUGACCUUCCACGUACAUUUCUCUCACCAACACAGAAGUUUCCAGCAAAGUUUCAAAAGUUGCGAAGUGCAUUUCACCAGGAGGAGCAGAAAUAUCACAGAGCCACAGCUACAUCGGCUCGUUCCAAGACCAUGACUGAUACGGACACUGAAGAAUUGGCAGAUCUUGCGCCUGAUGUUGAUUCGUAUGAAAGUGCAGCACUGCUCUUGAUCAAAGGGGGCACUGAUAGAUUCCGUUCCCUCAGCUUCUUUGAGUGGGAAGCGUUGCAAGUGGCGUUUUGCUUCAUGUUUCAAUGUGGUGUGAAAUUGGCCCUACGUCGCAUAUCGGAGUUCCUGAUCUUCUUAUUGCCUGAGGCCCGGAGCCGUUCCGAGGAAGACGUGCAACAAGGAGAGCGCUUGACCCAAAUGCAUGGCAAGGUCCAACAGACUGCAGUGGUGCUCGUGGAGAGUUUGCGUGAAGCUGACCAAGAGAUGUUGUGGUGUUCACAGGAAGGUCUCACAAUUCUCAUGCAACUGCAGCUGGGUGAUGCCCGUUUAUUUUUUGCUCGACCCUUGUUGCAACGCAUUAUGUGCGAUCUCUGGCGUGGAGUUCGCCCAGACUCUUAUGCGCGAAGCUUUUGGAAGCAGCUGCAAGUUUGGGCCAGAUUGCUGCUUUACAGUGGUCCCAACAUCGCCAUUUUGAUCUUUUGGGCUGUAGUGCCUGCCUUGGAAGAGUGGAUGCAGGAACUGUCAAUCCUUGCUGCAGACAAGGGAAGACAAGAUGAAGCAGCCUACUGGGAAGGCAAGCGAAAGAAUGGGAAAUCCCACUCUACAGGAGACUGCGAGCAAUCCGACGAUGAUUGGCCGUGUAAAGUUGGUGACAGGAUGUGUUGGAAUGAAACAAAUUUCAGACACGCUCUUCGAGAAGAAUGUCGACGGAAGGUCUUUGAAAUUCAAAGCCGUUUACCACUGCUGCUUCCGUGCAACAAAAAGUAUUUGGCCAUUUUGACGAAUUUGCUCUUUGUGGCGUAUUUGAUUGUAGAAACGCCGGACGGAGCCAAUGUGAGGACUGUGUUGAUGCUCAGUGCUGGAGCCUGGUUGGGUGAGGCUCGACAACUUUUUGCAUUUGCAGGUGCCGGAUCUGGUGCUUCAUAUAGUAUGUCAUUUUGGUUUAUGGACCGUGUGAAUGUCAUGGAGCUCGUUGCCUACACUUGCAUUGCUUGGACCAGUGUGCUUUGUUUGAUUGCACCUGAGCAUACGGAACUUGCUCAGCAGUUCAAGGCUUUGGGAGUCUUGUUUCUCGGCAUUUCCCAGUCAAUGGCCCUGUUGCGAAUGAGCUCAGUGUUUGGGCCGCUGAUCUCCAUGACCAUGAGCAUGAUACUCGACUUGCUGCAUUGGAUGAUGCUUUUAUUCCCAAUUGUGGCGUGCUUGGUAGCUGCACUGAUGACACUUUUCAAGGCCAGAACUGGCAUUGAACAGGAAAAUUGUUUGCCAUUUGGCUUUGACUAUGUGCAAGGUGUGCUGCGUUUUUUUGAGAUUCAGAUCGGAGAAGAUGUUCCCCUUGAAUGUCUUCGGGACGACUCACCGCACCCAUGGUUUGGCCAAAUCAUCAUGAAUCUGGGCCUUUGGAUGAUUUUGAUCCUGAUGUUAAACAUGCUCAUUGCCAUGAUGGCCAAGACCUUCGAUCGCAUCUACGAGGGUGCCAUGGUGGAUUUUCAAUAUCACUUCAUUGGAAACUUACUCCAGAUGGUCUCAGAACCAGCAGUUCCGCCUGUGCUUCGAACUUUGUGCGUUCCGUGGAUGCUGCUAUCAAUUCUGCUAUCUUGUUGCACACGUUUCUCCAAUUGCUUCUUUCAUUUUUGCGGAAAUCAUGGACUAUGUGGAAGGGGAAGAAAUGGUGAAACCGAAGCAUCUGAAGCGUCUGAAGCAUCUGAAGGAAGGCUGUGGAAGAUGGGCUCCACGGAGAAAAGCAGCGGAAGCGUUGCUUUGCGUCAUUCCUUCCUGCAGACUCUGCAGCCGUCGUCAGACGUGGCGGACGGAGUCAACGGAGUCAGCCCGGUCAGCCAGCCACGCUUUGUUCCGGACGCAGAUUUCAUGCUUCUGUCCGAUCGAGUGGAAGAUUUUGUUGUGGAACAUGCCGCGGAUACACAGGUGCAAGAUGCUCUGUGGAGAAAACAGAUUGCAAGGCAGCUUUUUGUGAUGGAUUGCAAGCUGACGAGUCUAGCCAGUCUGGCCAAAGAAAUGCAAACUUUCGGAAAGUUGAAGAGACACCGUCAAUGAUGGUGGAUACUUUGUGCAAAUUCACAUAUAGUACACACAUACACGUCAUACACGCCUUGCAGAAUGCAGAAUGACUCAGAAUGCAGACUUUGUAUGACUUUGUCUCAGAGAGACUUAUGAGUUAUGACAGUUAUGACUCAGUUAUGACUAUGAGACUUAUGCAGUUUGUCUCAUGCUGCGUCUCAUGCUGCGUCGGAGUCGUCUCAGGAGUCUCAGGGGUUCGAGUUUUUCAUGGCUCGAAGGCGAAGCCACCGAGCUUGUCCUCACUCGACACUUCUCACUCGCUGGGCAAAA